AGAUUAUUUUAUUUAAAAAUAAUUUAAAUUAUGAUAAUUUAAAUUAUCAAUCUAUAAAAUAUAUUAAAUAUGAUAAUUUAAUAAUAAAAUUUUUUAAAUUAUCAAUUAUUUGAAUAGAUUGCCGGCCAUGAAACGCAACCUUAGACCUGUCGACGAGAAAGAACGCAGAAGGCACCGCACCGUUUUCUUUGUUUCUUUCGUUCUCCCUUCACUUCCCUUUUCUUGAACCUUUUCCGUUUCUCCUUUUCUUUCUUCUGGGUCCCAAUCCCAAUUCCCGAACCGUUCGUUUUGUAAAGCACAAGAGGGCCUCAGAAAUGGAUCACCAGUACGGCGGUGGAAGCUGGAUGAUGGUACCCAGCCAGAACUCGGUGGCUCAAGAUCCCGACUCUCUCCAAUCCCAAUACCACCCCCAACAACAGCAGCAGCAGCACCAUCACCACCCCUCCCUGGCCUCUCAUUUCCAUCUCCUCCAUUUAGUGGAAAGAUUAGCAGAUGCAGUUGAAAGCGGAACUCGUGAUCAGCAUUUUGAUGCAUUGGUUAGCGAAUUGACUGCCCUAUUUGAAAGAUGCCAACGAUUGCUAAACUCUAUUUCAGUUACAAUAAAUACAAAGGGUGUGACAGUUGAAGGACAAAAGCACGAAGUAGAGGAAACUAUGCAACAGCUGAACCAAAGGAGCAGGGACCUGAUUGCAAAGUAUAAAAGUUCUGUGGAAGAGCUGGUUAAGCCGGAUAAAAACAGAUAACUUCAUUUAUUAUCUUUGCUAUUUCCAGGAAGCUUGUAACCCUUCCUGAGAGUAUAAAUUUGAAGGAUUAAAUUCUUAAAUACGAAAGGACCUUAUGGAAACAAUUUUGUGACUUAUCAUUAUUUUUAUAGUAGGUUUCGGUACACUUCGGCUUAUACAAUCGUAUCAGCUAUUGAUCUUUUUUUUUUUUCCCCUGUUCUGGUUUAUCUCAAGGCUCAAAUGUCUUCUAUGAGAGAUGGAAGGAGCUCUUUUUUCUGUUCUUGAAUGUUUCCAUUUCUUCUUUAUUCUUAAUACCACAUGCAGUAUAUUUGCUGGACAGGAACCUUCCUCUCCCUUAUGAUAAUUUAAAGAGAAUUAUAGCCUGGCCGCUUUGUCCAAAUAUGUUUUGACUGUUGUCAUUUUAGCACAUACUUCUACCUUAUUUGUAUUCUGCUAUGUGCAUAAGUUAGAAUGAUUGAUGAUGGCAUUGUUAAAAUGAAUUUGAUCUGGCUGAUGUUAAAGUUGAUUGCACUGGUUGUUCUUUUAACCCUGAAGUAAUGGGAACAGAGAAUGAUGCGGCAGCUGGGUGUCUUUCGGGCAAUGCUCGGAGGCAUGUUGAAUGAGGUGAUAGGGGCCCAGCUCGUUUGCGCACCGUCUUGCCUUGCUGGCUCUACCAAGGGGGUGAAAAGUACACCCAUAAUCUCCUAAGGGCAAAGAAAGUGCUGGUCCCAACACAUGAACAGGACGGGGAAGAGGAUGUUGAACAUUUCUGAGCUGCCCAAGUGCUUGAGCAGCGUGACAGUCUUCUGAUCAUCUCAACCAUGAGCCUUAGAGCACCUUUCGUAGUUUGUGCUCCUUGGAAUGGGCUGCCAACAAUGACAUCCAACUGCAUUUGGUUUGCUGAAUUUGCUAUCUAGGCUGCUGCUAAGUCUGGAUCAUGGACAAUUUAUAGAUAUUCAACUCUUAGCAGUUUCCUCUCUGCUCACUGUGGUGGGUUUCACCAUCUACUUUUGUUGGAAAUCCCUACCUGUGGUGUAGUUAAAAUCAGUUUUGGCGGCUCCGUCGGAGACCUGGUUUGUUAUUCAGAAUCAUGUAAAUGUUAUUCUUAUUCGCAGGGGCUAGCAUUUUAAUGACAUUGCUGGGUUGGACUUCUCUAUGUGAUCACGGUGUUACAUGCAAAGGAAAUAUGUUUAUUCCUCGAUCAA